AUGUCAGCCCUGAAAGCCAAGAGAAAAGAGUAUCUGACUGUGAAGGAUCUGCAGAAGCUUUUGGACUCAUGCAAACUGCACUUGAACCAAAUUGAUGAAGUGUGGCCAAAUAUAUUCAUAGGCAAUGUGGCAGUAGCCCAAAACAAAGCUGCCUUGCUGAAAUUAGGUAUAACUCAUGUAUUAAAUGCUGCCCACUCCAAGCGGGGCAGCAUAGGGAACCAAAGCUUUUAUGGCAACGACUUUGUGUAUUGUGGCAUUCCAGCAGAUGACUCCACACACUUUGAUCUGGAUGUUUACUUCAAGCCUGCGGCUGAUUUCAUCCACAAGGCUCUGAAGUCACCUGAUGGGAAAGUUCUGGUGCACUGCAUUAUGGGAAUGAGCCGGUCAUCGACCUUGGUGCUAGCGUACCUCAUGAUCCACCGCCACCUCCCGCUCAAACAGGCUCUGCAGAAGCUGGUCCAGAAGAGAGCAAUCUAUCCCAACAGGAACUUCCUGGCUCUGCUGCUGGAUCUGGACCUCCAGCUGAUGAAGAAAAAGAAAACAUGUCAGAUCCUGUAGUCAUGGCGGGAUUACUCACGAUGAUGCUCAUGAAUUUUCAUCAACGUUUAAUGCAAGCACAUUGUGGUUUAUGCAGCAAGGUACAUGUUGUUUUAUAAAUGUAUAAACUGAAGCUGUGAUCAGUAUCAAUCAGCCGGUGGUUAGAAUAAGGUUACUGGCUUUAUUAAGGUCUGAAAGAUGCUUACUGUGAGAUUAUCAUUCAAAAACCUAGACAAACCAUGACAGGUGAGGUGUUAAAGCUUCAGUUUAUCUAAUGAAGACAUGAACAAGGAUUGAAAUGUAGAAAUGCUGCGAUCAGCCAAACAUUACCUCUGAUUUAAUGGUGCUUUUUGACUUUUCAUGGUUGGUUUCACAGAUGUAGAACUCCACCAUGGUGAAGCUGUGACUGGCACUCGCUGCCUUCAUUGUUGGGGUGGUGAUAGUUUUUUGUUUUUUUUUUAUUGGUUUGAGUUAUUGAAGGUAUGUGGCAUCUCUUUUACAUAUGCAUGGCACAAGUAAGUUUUCAAUACUCAGAUUUGCCCUCCUUUACUUGUGAUUAGC